CAAUGCCUCUCCAAAAGCUCUCAGCAUUCAUUGAUGCCAUCUGCAGGUUUGUCAUCUGCAAUGACUCCUCCCUCCGUGGGCAAACAGUCAUCUUCAACCCUGACUUCUUUGUGGAGAAGUUGCGGCAUGAGAAGCCUGAAGUCUUCACAGAGCUGGUGGUCAGCAACAUCACCAGGCUCAUCGACCUGCCAGGAGCAGAGUUGGCCCAGCUGAUGGGGGAGGAGGAGCCCAAGCUGCCCGGUGGCAUUGGCACAGCCUCUGGAUUCUUUCGGUCCCUAAUGUCUCUGAAGCGUAAAGAUAAAGGGGUGGUGUUUGGCUCCCCACUGACCGAGGAGGGCAUCGCCCAGGUCUCGCAGCUCAUCGAAUACCUGCACAAGCAUCUGCGAAUGGAGGGCUUGUUUCGCGUGCCGGGGAACAGUCUCCGGCAGCAGAUCCUGAAGGAUGCCCUGAACAGUGGGGUGGAUAUUGACCUGGAAUCGGGGGAGUUUCACCCCAACGAUGUGGCCUCUCUGCUGAAGAUGUUCCUGGGUGAAUUACCAGAGCCCCUGCUGACACACAAGCACUUCCAAGCCCACCUCAAAAUUGCAGGCCUGAUGCAGUUUGAUGACAAGGGGAACAAGACCAGCGCGCCGGAUAAGGAGCGGCAGAUCGAAGCCCUGCAGCUGCUCUUCCUGAUCCUCCCCCCGCCCAAUCGCAGCCUGCUCAAGCUCUUGCUGGACCUGCUCUACCAAACGGCCAAGAAACAGGACAAGAACAAGAUGUCUGCCCACAACCUGGCGCUCAUGUUUGCACCCCACGUCCUGUGGCCCCGAAAUGUGACAGCAAACGACCUGCAGGAGAAUAUCACAAAGCUGAAUGACGGCGUGGCCUUCAUGAUCAAACACUCGCAGAAACUCUUCAAGGCUCCGGCAUACGUUCGAGAGCGUGCCAGGCUGCACUACCUGGGGUCCAGAGUGCACGCUUCAAAGGACGACCUGGAUUUGCUGACGUCAGCUGGGUCCAAGGACCUCCAGCCCCUGAAGUCUCCGAAGCGGAGCAGGCUGGAUCCUUCCCACCGGGAGGAGACGCAGCAGCGCACGGAGGAGGCGCUGAAGGAGCUCUUCCACCACAUCCACAGCAUGCCAGACUCUGCGAAGAAGAAAAAGCUCAUCCGGCAGUUCCAUAAGCAUCCUGGCACUCUCACUCCUGGGCCCGAUGCGCCGACACCCCCGGUCCAGAGGCGCACCCGCUCCCGCUCCUUCAGCGGCCUCAUUAAGAGGAGGAUGCUGGGGAACCCACUGAUCUUGGAAAGGAAAAGCAGGGAUUCCACACCGGAAUCAGAGCGAGCCAGCAAAGAGAACCUCCACCUGUUACAGAGACCGCCUGAAUCUCCAGCAAGUCAUGGCACCCGAGCAAAGUUGAAAUUGUCUGAGGGCAGGAAAGAGGACUCCCGUAAACAUCUGCAGGCCCUUGCGCCUUCCACCAAGGAGCCGUCCGUCUGAGCAGCCAGGAACCAGCCCGUGUGUGCGGCAGACGUCUGGACUUGUAAGCUGUGAAUAAUGCCUGCUGCAUCUCAAGCUGUGAGAGGACCGAGUGCCGCAGCCUCCAGCGAUCCCUCUAACCCAGCUCACCGGGGCUUGGCUUGCAACGGGGCCUGCUGCGAGCAUAGUGAGGACUCUGACUUCUUUCUGUUAAUAUGGGCAAACCACUAUCUAACCAAGCACCUGCAGGGUGUCUGACCCUGGGUCUGAGGAAGGGCCGGAGAGCCCGUUGGAAGAAGGCAGGAGCUUUGUAUUCACUGGUUUUGUUCAGUGCUCCGGGUUCUCGCGCUCUGAGCUUUUAACACGUUUGUCUUGUUUUUACCCCCUGCCUCCCAUCAACAACCAGAACGGUCAGCCACGUCCCGGCAGCUAACUCUGUCUUGCUAGCUCUUGUGCAGUGGUCUCUCCUUGCGGGUAUCGAUGAGGGGGGGAUCCCCAACUCCAGGGGUCAUUUCUGCCUUCCUGACAGGCUGCAUGCUGGCUUGGCCAUGUCAGCCCCUGGGCAGCUGCAGGGAUGUGGGGAAUGGCAGCGGGAGGAGGAGAAUUGGGGGGUGACAUCUUCAUGUCAAAUGGUGAAGAAGCAGAUUCCAGAAUAAACUCUCGUCAUCUUGAUGUUAACAGAGCCCCUUAGCCACAGUCCCUGCUACUUACAGGAUAGUCCGUAGAAAGCGCACAGUGAAACCAGCCCCGGGAACAGACUGCGUGGUCUCUAACUAAAGGUCAGACAUAAUUAUAGAGGGAUACUUUAAAGUGCUUGUUUAAGCAAGGGCCGUGUCUCGUGCUGGAAGGCAGGUUUCACUGCGGCUGGAGUGGAUUGUGUUUCCAUGUACCUGUCACCCCCCUUUGCCGUGCUUCCUCUCCCAUCACGGCUGAUUGCCAAGACCGUUGAGGCAUCGGAAGGUCUGUCUCCUUUCUAAUCGGCCGCCGGCUGCCUGACGCAUUCAGCAUUGCUUGUCACCUCCCGGCUGUUUCCAUGGUCGAGGUCUCUGGAGGACAAGUAGGGGACAGCUCUAUCGAGGAGGUGCUGAGCCAGGCAGAAGCU